AUGCGGCCCAUUUUGCUGUCAGGCCAUGAGCGGUCUUUGACCCAAAUUCGAUUCAACAAAGAUGGCGACCUGCUUUUCUCGACCUCUAAGGAUAAGAUCGUGUGCGCAUGGUGGUCUGCCAACGGCGAGCGCCUGGGAACAUAUGCCGGCCACCAAGGUGCUGUCUGGACGGUCGACGUUAGCCCCAACACGGUCCUCCUCGCUACCGGCUCCGCAGAUAACACCGUUCGGCUAUGGAAUGUGAAGACUGGCGAGUGCGUCAAGACUUGGGACUUCCCUACGGCUGUCAAGCGAGUUGCGUUCUCCCCUGAUGGAUCGAAGCUGCUGGCUGUCACGGAAAAGCGCAUGGGUUUCCUGGGCACAAUCGCCGUGUUUGAUAUCACCUAUGGUGAUGGUGACUUGAGCAACUUGAACGCUCAGGCGGAGGAGCCUAGCUUGCGCAUUACUUGCACUGAGAGCAAGGCCACUGUUGCCGGAUGGAGUUAUUUGGGCCGUUACAUCAUCGCUGGACACGAGGAUGGCAGUGUCAGCCAGUACGAUCCUAAGUCUGGAGACCAGCUCGAGAAUGUCCAGGCUCACGAGUUCGACCACCAAAUUAACGACCUCCAAUUCUCUCCCGAUCGCUCUUACUUCAUCACCGCCUCCAAGGACAAGUCCGCCAAGCUCAUUGCCGCAAGCAACCUCGCCAUCCUCAAGACCUACGUCGCCGAUACCCCUCUCAACUCCGCCUCUAUCACCCCCAAGAAGGACUACGUUAUCCUGGGUGGUGGCCAAGCCGCCAUGGAUGUCACAACGACGUCGGCUCGUCAAGGAAAGUUCGAGGCCCGCUUCUACCACAAGGUCUUCGAAGACGAGAUUGGUCGUGUCCGUGGUCACUUCGGUCCCCUCAACACUAUCGAUGUUCACCCCGCCGGUACUGCCUACGCUUCCGGUGGUGAGGACGGUUACGUCCGUAUUCACCACUUCGACAAGCCCUACUUCGACUUCAUGUAUGAGGUUGAGCGGGAGCAAAUGCGGAAGUAA